GCGUUGAGAAGUCGGGUCGGGAGGCACCGCUGGACCGAACGAGAAGGGGCUCCGGCCAGGCUGGUUGACUGCCUGUCGGUCUGCCUCUGCACGUAUACUUGCACAAAUGGAAAUAUUUAUAUAUAGACUUAUAUAUACGGUGGGAUAAAGCGCCUCCACACCUGCUCCAGCCGCGACCCCGACGAAGCUGAGCCACACCUGACGAGUCUGCGGCGCCGACGGGAUGCUGCGUCUGCUUCUGCUUCUCCUGCUGGCGCUCCGGGGGCAGCCGGGCACGGGGGCGGCGACCCAUGGUGAGGAUUACGUCACGAAGCUCCGAGAACAAUUCGAAUACUUCAAGCAGCUCAUCCUCCACGACUUGGCCACCAAGAGCGACGUCGUCGACUUCGCGGACUACGACCUCAGAGUCGCCUCCCUGGAGUGCGAGAAACCGGCGGAGAUCACGUGCAACGACCUCGAGCGCAUUCCCGACGCGUCGUGCGGCUGCGGCGACACGGGAAAUCUUUGUGAUAUAGAGCACAAGGGCGACUGUAAAUUGGCGUGGCAACGAAGCACACAUUGUGACUUUUUCCUGAACAACAGCUGCCAUGGGAACUGCACGUGUUGUAUAAGCUGUUCCAAAAAUGUCGACACACCAUGCAGAGAAGCAGGCGGUGUCUGCGAAAAAAGCUGUGGACAAUUUCAAUACAGGAGUGACCAUGCAUGCCACAGCAGCUGGUGCAGCUGCUGCCACUCCGUUGAAGACAAAGGCUGUAGGGAGAGCAAUAGCCUGAGCCGUUGCGUCGGGGACCCCUCCUACUGCGGCAGAGGGUACUACGAAAACAACAUCCUCUGCGAGAGUCCGGGUACCUGCUGCAUUCCCUGUACGGCUUUGGACUCCUGCAUCAACGCCAAUGGGUACUGCGAGAGCGACGGCUAUGACUGCCUGCCGGGAUUUUACAAAGACGACGGCGGCUGCAAGACCGGGAACUGCCGCUGCUGCAAGCCAAAAACAGACACUGUAUGUGCGAGGGACGGCACCGCUGUGAUGGGACCCGCAGACAUUUGCAGUCCAAGAUUUUGCCCACGUAACUUUUUCCAGCAAAAUGUAGGCUGUUCCUCUCCAAACAGAACUUGCUAUUCUUGUGAAGCAGGAGGCUGGCACAAGUGCGACAUGGGAGACUCUUGCAUCGCCAAAGGAGGCUACUGCUCAAAGUCGGGCUGCGGGGACACCGAGAUGUUCCUUGAAGAAGAAGGCGGAUGCACUUCCAGAGAUGACCGCCCGUGCUUCUGUUGCUUUCCAAAAUGUAAAUUCUACAGCGAAGAACAUCAUUUCUAGUUAGGAUAAUGAUGUCAUCAUAUUUUGGGGGAUUGUCUUUGCUUAUAUGAAUGCCUAUGGAGGUUACAGCAUA